CAUAAUUAGCGUGGCCAACGUACAUGUGUUGCCAGUUAGUGGGCUCUAUGAAAACCUGUAACGUUCCAUAAAACAACAGGGGAGACGGUAGACGUUACAGGCCUGAAGGUUUGCACUUUCUGUAAAACCAGGCUCAUACAGGCCUGCGUCCCACAAUAUUGGUCAAAAUUACUGAUAUCUGAUAUUUAUCGCAUCGCAUUCAUUAUCAGCCGCUACAGCCAACAUUGCCCCGAACAUAUUUAGAAUUUUUUCCCCGCCAAAAAAAACGGUAAACAGAAGUGUACGAAUUCUGCAGCUCCAAAAGAAUACUCCACGCCGUCCGUUCGGCUCUUUCACUUAUACAUAUCAGCCUUGGUAUAGCAUUAGAAAUAAACAUGAAAAAAUCUGCAGCCUGCUUUCUUGUGGUUUGGCUGGGACAUUUUGUGUACGUAGCCACGGAAUCAGCUGAGGAGUGUGCCGCCACCCGAGAUAGAUGCUAUACCGCCAUCUCACAGAUUUCGGCCAAUGCUACAUUUCCUUGGCCACCUGAGGGAACGUCUGCCAGUAUGCGUCAAUCUACUCCCGAUGGAGAUCGAUAUUGCAGUUAUUUCAAUGCCACCGGAAGCUGUUUGCGGAAUCUGCGCACCCGCUGCCCGGCAUCGAACCUUCCGCCGUUUGACGCUACCAUUGAAGGAUGGUACAUGGUGCUGUAUUACGAAGCCAUGGCUAAGAUUUGUACCAUUUUCAACCCUUUACGAUUGUUAGCGGCUAAAACGCACUGCGAUCUGCAAACGAAUACUACCGACUUUACCGUUGAAGUGGUGUUGGGGGAGAACCUCAACGAGUUCAUUACCAAUGCCACUACCGAGGAGAAGGCCCAAGCCGCAGUGUGCCGAAAAAUUCAGGAGUUUUUGCCACGAAUGGGCAAUCCAGAAAACAGCAGCAGAACGCCGUUGUACUCACAUUUAGUGGCAACAUGCGGGCAGAAGGCCAUUGACACCAUGGAGGACGCGAUGGAGUGGACUCUGAUGAGCAGGAAUAGCCCGUGUAAAUCCAAAGGAGCCCAUUGAGUAGCGUGUUCUGCAAAGACUACUUACAGAAUAUGGCACUGUUUUGUUAUCGCAGCGACUCGUACGCGUUUCUAUAACGGAGGUGCGGAGUUUGCUCACAGAUCUUGUUGGUUACAACUGCUUAUAAUUAGAUGUGAUUUACAUGGCAAGAACUGCCACACCAUUAUGUUCGCAGCAGCAUCCAUGCCGCUCUUCGCUCCAUGAUGCACUUUAUGGUACGGGUUUAUCUGUCUUGCUCUAAUCUCUCUGAUAAAUUGAAUC